UUGUCCCUAGAUUAUCAGAUCCGCUGUCACAGAGAGGUCAGUGUUGAUCAACAACAACUAGACAAAGUCCAGUUCCGGCGGAGUGCAGCUUUGUAGGCGUACUUCGUGGCGUCUUGUUUGCACAGGCCGGAGGAAAACCACAAAACAGGAGGUCCAGGAGAAGUCUAGAGAGCGUUUGAGGUCUUGAUUUUUGCGAUAACACCCCCAGGGCCCCGGAUAUUUCAGCCUGGACUGCUGAUAGCCACAGUUCCAAGAUGCUUCCAAGACUCUCCCUGCUGGCAAGAUCUGCCCUGAAGGGGGCGGGAACUACAAGAGGUGUCCGUGUGGUCAGUACCCUUCCAGAGAUGCCCCCAUGUGACUUCCAGCCGACUCCAUACAAGGGUAUAUCAUAUGAGGAUGCCAUGCAGCGCAGGAAAAGUAACCUAACUCCUGCCCUCCUGACGUACUACAAGAAGCCUGUGAUGGUGUACCAGGGUCACAUGCAGUGGUUAUGGGAUGUACAUGGACAGCGGUACCUGGACCUGUUCGCUGGCAUUGUGACUGUUAGUGUCGGGCACUGUCAUCCGAAAGUGAAAGAAGCAGCUAAAGAACAGUUGGACUUACUGUGGCACACCACCAAUGUCUACAUGCACCCUCCCAUUCACGAGUAUGCAGAGAAACUCACCUCAUACUUACCUGGUGAUCUCAAGGUUUGUUAUUUCACCAACUCUGGUUCAGAGGCCAAUGACCUGGCCCUGCUGAUGGCUCGGCUGCACUCUGGCAGUUUUGAUAUCAUCUCAUUCAGGAAUGCGUACCACGGUGCCAGUCCCUACACCAUGGGUCUGACUGCCCACAGUACCUGGACAUACAACAUGGCCAGUGGGUUCGGACAUCACCAUACUAUGAAUCCUGAUGUGUACAGAGGACUCUGGGGAGGAGCUCACUGCAGGGACUCUCCUGUCCAGACUGACAGAAGCUGUUCCUGUGCAGCAGGUGAAUGCAUGGCUAAAGACAUGUACCUGGAGCAGCUACACGAGGUCUUAAGGUAUUCCACUGGCAAGAGAGUUGCAGGGUUUUUUGCAGAGGCUGUUCAGGGAGUGGGGGGAGCUGUGCAGUAUCCUAAGGGAUUCCUGAAGGAGGCGUUCGCAAUGAUCAGGGAGAGAGGAGGAAUCUGUAUUGCUGAUGAGGUUCAGACAGGUUUUGGCCGGUUGGGCAGUCACUUCUGGGGCUUCCAGACUCAUGACGUCAUGCCUGACAUGGUUGUCAUGGCCAAAGGUAUUGGCAAUGGAUACCCCCUGGCUGCUGUCGUCACCACACCAGAGAUUGCCCAGUCCAUGACCCAGGCUCUUCACCUGAACACCUUUGGAGGGAACCCAGUGGCCUGUGCAGUGGGAUCUGCUGUGCUUGAUGUUAUGAAGGAGGAUGGGACCCAGCAGAACAGUGCAGAAGUGGGGACGUACUUCCUACUGGAGCUGGCCAAACUGAGGGACGAGUUCUCCAUAGUGGGAGAUGUCAGAGGCAAGGGGCUGAUGAUUGGACUGGAGCUGGUCAAGGAUAAGGGUACGAGGGAACCACUGCCUGGACCUGAUGUCAUCUCCAUCUGGGAGGACAUUAAGGACAUGGGUGUCCUCAUUGGCAAGGGUGGUUUCUAUGGAAAUGUGUUCAGGAUAAAGCCUCCCAUGUGCCUGACCAAACAGGACGUGGACUUUGGUGUCGCCAUCAUUCGUCGGGCAAUAGAAAAGUACUGUGAACAGACCCAGCAGACCUCGGCUGCAGCAGUCAACUAACAGAGAUUGAAGGAUCCAAGAAACAUGCAAACUGUUUUCUUUCAAUACAGAAUCAAGGAGUCUGUAGUAGAAAUGUAAUAGACAGUUUUCUACCAAUUUCUAUAAAUAUUAUAAAAAAGGAAUUUGGAGAAUCUACAUGAAAGGAUAAAGAAAUGAGAUGUAUAAGAAAAGGAUACACUAUACAAAGCACAUUCCACAUGUACUCUAUGCAGUAGCCAUUGUGUGGAUACCACACAGUAAGUCAGUAUACAUCCCUGCUUGUGUAUUAUACAUGGCAUGGGUAAGGCACUCGGAAGUCUUCUUCCAUGUAAAACAGACAAUACAAGAGCAGAAAAAUUUGCUAUGACAUGAUGUAAUGACAAACAAAAUGUAUUAGGUUGAGGCAUUUUUCGAAUGCACUAAACGUGGACCACACUAGUAGGUCCAUUUUUUUAAUCAAAUGGCAACAUCUUUUGCCUUGUGCAAUGAUUCUUGGACUUGCAUACAUCACAUACAAAUACUAGUACUACUUCAGGAAGUCACUUAAGUUUAAUUUGUAGUUUAGCAUAACAUAUUUUUGUUCUUUGAGUUUGUGUAGAAUUGGUUAGGUUUAGACUUUUUUUACUAGCUGUAUUGACAUAGGGUUCAACCAUUGGUGCUACCCAAAACCGCGUGCCUGCUAGCUACCAAAAUGCCACAAUAUCUAAUAUGUACAGAAAAUUCAAAUUAAUGUGGAAUGAUACCAGUCAGGCUGUGAAGAUGGUAAAUGUGUUUAUGUAUCUGUGGAUGAAUCUAAUCAGACAAUUGAUACAUUGCAAAUUAAGAUAAUGUAUGAUGUGCAAAAUGUGGAGGGGUCAGGAAGAAUUAUGAUCUUACAAACAAGUACAGUGAUUCAUUGUUUGAAAAGUUAGAUUAUAAUUUCAUGAUCAUGUGUGCACACUGAUACCAUUUUACAUAUGUGUCUUCUUUCUUUUUAGGCCUUUUAUGCAAGUAUACAUAUUACAUAGAUAAUACAUUAGUAACAUAGGACAUUGCCAUAGGCAAACUUAAAACACAACGAAACAAAGAUGUGUUUC